CAAAGCUCGUUUUAUCCAUGGAAUUACAGAAGCUGCUGCUAUUGCUGUUGCGAAAGGCACCGCUUUCCAUUGUGCCAAUAGCGUAUUUGAUGCUAAAGUUUUUGUGUCUCGGUAUGAAAUCCGCCAAGCAUGAAAGGCGAAGAAGUCUUGAGAAUAAAUGUGCAACCCAAAAUACCACUGGAAGUGAUGGCGACAACAAGACUUCAGGUUCCGGUCUCAACUCUGAUCUGUUUCUGCCCAAUGAGAUUAUUAUCGAAAUCCUGAGCUGGUUGCCCGUGGACGCAUUGCUGAGAGUAAAAUGUGUGUGCAAGUCGUGGCGCUCUACAAUCCAAGAGCGCGACUUCAUUAAGAAACACAUGAGCAGACCGGGAAUUGUUGUGGAAUAUGCUGCAAAAACGAGUGAUAAUAACGGGAAUGAGAAAGCGUACAAAUGGCUAUAUGUUCGAGAUGGAUUAGUGCUGGAGAGGAAUAACUUGUUAUUCCCAAAAUACCAUAUAAGGAACCCCGCUACAAAGCUAAAGCUUGACCUGCCUAAUCCACGCGUACCCCUGCUGUUUAUUAGUAUGUUUUUCCUCUCAACCAGUAAUGACUAUAAGGUGGUUUAUAUCCAUCACAAACAAGGAGCCACUUCUAGUGCUGUUGCUGUUGCUGUUCUAACUAUUGGUACCGAUUCUUCGUGGAGAUCCCUUGAUAUUCCUAGCUUGCAUAAGAUUAAGAGCCAGAGAAGACAGAUUACCCGCAAAUCAAUUGCUGAAGUCUACUACAUUAUUGUGUUGGGAGACUACGAAAUUGUUUGCCUCGAGAUGGAAACCGAGAGCUUCACGAGCGUUCAAAUCCCUGAGAGGUUGUUCCCGGAUUGGAACAACAUCGAGUCUUUAAACUGGAGAGGGAAGCUAGCGCUCGCAUCUGUUGUGGGAGAGAAGAUUAACAUUUGGGUGUUGGAAAGCUACAAGAAGCAAAAAUGGGAAAACAUAAAGGUUGUUUUGCCCUUGGAUUCAAUUAUGAAUGGCAACGUUAUGCCUUUCGAAGCAAAUGGGGACUGGUUGUGGAUUAACGUUAACUAUGAACACCGAGUUGCUUAUAACUUGAGGACCAAUAGAGUCUCCACGGUCUUCUCAGCGCUGCCUAGACAGAAGAUUGAGUACGUGUAUAAACCUUCCUUGGUGCACUUUAAAGAAAUGACUCCGGUAGAGAACUAGACCAAAUGGUUGGCUGCUGAUCAUGAUGGCUAGGAUGAUGUAUGUUUCAUCAAUGGCUCUCCAGGACUCUUUCUCCUUUCAACUAUAGUUGUUGGCUUUGCUUGAACAUAUAACAGUUUAAGGACUUCAGAACUAUUGUUCUUUUCUAUCUUAGUGCUCUAAUGAAAUUCUUACAUUAUG